AAAAGAGUGGUAGUAGUAAACAUGGUCCAUAAAUUUCAGUUGAUGAAAUUUCAAAGAAGAAAACUGGCUACACCAGAUCAAAAACUUGAUUUGAAAUGUCAUUGGUUGAAUAAGAAUAGUAAAAAUAAAGCACGAGAAAAAACUAAUCCUAGCUAGAUUAACUAUAAAAAAAUUUUAUUACAGAUUUUAGAUUUUCGACAAAUUAUUAAAUAUAACAUGACAUCUUUUGAGAGUAUAGUUGGAUUUGAUCUUGAUGACCUUCUCAAUGCGGAUCCAUUCACGGAUAUAUACAGCAUUGUAUCUUUCAGUAUAUUUGCAACAUUUGUGGCAACUAUUCUGAUAUUGAUUGCGGUUGCGUUCUUGUAUUCUUUCUGCGAAUGCUGUUGUCCAUGCUUGACAACAACAUCCAGAAAGUCUAAACCUAAAUCACCAAAGAUGAAGAAAAACAAUAAAGUGGAGCCAGCUGGAAAAGAAAAAGUGGAAAUGGAAGAUCUUGCCUGGUAGACAUAUGCUCA